UCACCUCUAUAAUGCUACUUAUACCUGAAGGGUUGAUCCAGAAGUGAACCCAAGCACCUGACAGGGGUCCAGUUUUCUUGACCGGACGGCACUUGAGGCUUUGUUAUCAUUACCUUUGAACUCUCUCCUGAAGUUUCCCCUCAUCCACAGCCCCCGAAGCCGCUGGCCUAGGAGCUCUGGAACAAGGGCUGUUCGGACGUCGAACCGCCUCCCACAACAAGUUGGUCGGCCUAUCCACUCCACUUCCUCGAGCUCGACACAUAUUCAGCUGCUCUCGCGUGACGACGAACCCGCCGUUCUGCGCCGCCUCUAUCAUACUCUUCACGACGUGUUGCAGACGCCCGGAACUGCCGACCCCGCGGAGCCGAGGAGCGAGCCUGCCAGGAGACCGCGAUGAGUGACUACUACCAUCACUUUCUUUCCUCGAUGGUAGGGGUUGGGGGGCAGCCCAGUUUCAACCAGCUAGAUGGCCCCGGACAGAUAUCUCAGCCGUCAAUUGUACCCAUGGGAGCCUCUCCGGUUUCCAACCCUUAUCAAAGCUUGGGGUAUUUCGCCGGGUUCCCCGAACCCGUCAUGUUCAAUGCGCCAAAAGCGCAACGGAGCAGGCGGAAAUCCGCGCCUGGUCUCGACCACAUCAAACAUCGACGCACAAGAUCGGGUUGCUACACUUGCCGAAGCCGCCGGGUCAAGUGUGACGAGACUCGUCCUGUUUGCGAAAGAUGUAGGAAAGGAAAGCGAGAAUGCAUCUACCCCGAACCGCCGGCGCCAAAGGGUUCCGGGAGCAGUGGCUCCAAAGACUCAGUUGAACCAAGCCAGCAGGCCAGCCCAACCUCCUCCCGUGGCGACGAAGAUGACGAACCCGAGCAAGAUUCGAGGUUAGAUCCAAUCAUGGACGAGGACGAAGAUGAGCCCGAGAGCGCCAUAUCGCAGACGUCGGCACCGAAUUUUCCUCUCCGGAGAUCCAGCACCACCUCCUCCUUCGGCCGCCAACGGGUCAUGGCAGGACAUCGCCACGGAUCGGAAACCCCUUCUUAUGACGGGACCAAGAGCUCGUCCCCAGCGUUGUCAGCCGGCACAGCCGGCACCACCGGCCCUCAGACACCCGCCGGGUUGCAUUUUCCUGAUGUAUCGACAGUAACAACGCCUUCCCGUCCGGAUUGGACAUUCCUGCCCCACGAGCUGCAGUUCUACCUCGGCUAUUUCUAUGAUAACAUCACCCACUACCACUAUGGCGGGGUGAACGACGCCGACGACUUUUUUCGGUCGAUUCUCACAAGCAUGGCGAUUCGAAACAAGCCUCUGCUCUACGCGGUCGUGGGCUUCUCUGCUUACCAUCACGCGAUGAAGAACCCAAACGGGAGGAUCAACGAAUUCCUUCAAUACUACAGCCGGAGCGUCACGUUGCUUCUGGAAUGCUUGAAGAAGACAGAAAAAUAUAGCGUAGGAACUCUACUGACCAUCCUGCAGCUUGCCACGAUAGAGGAGUACUUGGGCGACUGGGUCAACCUCAUGGGCCACCAAAGAGCAGCUUUCGAGGUCCUCACGCACCUUUUCACUCCACAAUCGGUCAUGCAAACGCCCGUGGGCCGUGUAGCCCUGAUGUGGUACGCGCGUUACGAUGUCUUCGUGGGAAUCAUGAGCAGCUUCGGAACGUUAUUGUCGCAAGAAUGGUUUUCAGUGCCGGUCGAAUACUACGAGUCUCGGGCGGCGGCAGAGCCUGACAACGUCGGCUGGAAGAUUGAGGCAUGCUCGGCACGACUGCGCCUGGCCUCGAUGGAAAUGUCGCUCCUCAUCGCCAGGGGCGCAAAACACGAGAUCACGGAGGACGAGUACAUUGCGGAGCAUCGCAGGCUGUCUGUCUUUUUUGGGAACGGGAGGAAGACUUGGGACCCUGCCCUCACGGAUGCCGCAUGUCUCGUGAACGAACUUGCCGGCAACCAGAAGCCGAACCCGGAUGACAUCGUAGACCCGUUUGCCCCCGGGGUCUUGUUUCGGCCGCCACUCUUCGCCUCGACGCUGCUGACGUGCGAAUAUCACUCAGUGGCGCUUAUGCAUGGCAGUCAAAACGCGAAACAGCUCACGGAAGAGGAUCGGGCAAGGUUGAUGGAGCACGCCUACGCGAUAUUGCAAAUCUGCGAGACGGUGGAACGUUGGCCAUUAAGUCCGCCGGGUAGCCUAAUCAUACUGCACUCCUCUCUCGCGAUCGCGGCACUCUAUGUUCGACGGGACCCCAGGCACCACAUGUGGAUAAGGAGGAAGUUUGCCUUGCUUGAGACGCUGGGGUACAUAUCCCCAAUUACGAUGCGUAUGCGGAUGGCCGAACUCUUCAAUGACGAAAGCUGUAUCCGUUGGUGGCUCCCGAACGAUGAGGGCUUCAGCCCCUUACUGCAGAAUAUCCGAGCCAUCGCAGACGAGCGCAAUGCCAUGGCGGUGUCGACACAGAGGGAGAGGCUGCAACAAAUCCGGGCCGUCUUCUCCACCAUGCAGGUCGGACAUGAUGAUGCCGAUGACAAAGGCAGCGCCCAAGCUGGAGUCAGCGGGAAGGAACCAACGGCCUGAACAAGCCCCUAACCUGUGCAUGGACUCGGAUGCACACCAACAACUUAGCAUUCGCUAAUGCGAGCAGAAUGCGAGACGAUCACGAAGAUUGUUGAGGGUGAAGCGUCAUGGGAAUCUCUCGACAACCUCGCC